AAUGUAAUGACAUUGGGUCUUUGUUUGCCAAGUAUUUGUAAAAAUGAUGAGCUAUCUUUAAUCCUGAAAAAAAUAUUCAAUAAACAAAACUUAAUGAUGAAUGAAAUUUAUAAUAUUGAUUAUAAAUUAUUACGGGUCAGCGAUCUCAAGACUAAUUACCAUUAUCUUUUAGAUUGGAAAUCAAUGUUAACCAUGUACAUAAUUUAAUUAAUCCCCAAAGUUUUUAUUUUUAAAUACCUUUUUUUUAAUUCUUAUAUUUUUAGAAUUAUCAUAAUUUUCACUAUUUUGAUGAUGAUAUUCGGAACAAUUUAUGACGUAGUUCUUCAUAGAAAAAACAUGAAAAAACUAAAUAUUAGCAAUAUGCAAUUCAGUAAAAAUAAUGGUUAGUUAAUAGUCAAAAAAAAAAAGUAGUUUAAUAUUUUGACCUUUCUCUCAUUCAUUCAUGGGAUUCAUUAUCUUUUUGUUAUAGAUCCUCAAAAAAAUUCAGUGAUAACUAACGAUGAUAUUUCCAAAGAUGUUGAUAAACAAAAAAAAAGUAUUUUUGGUGAAAUUAUCCUAUGUUUCUCUGCUUAUACAAACAUAAAACUAUUGUUUCGUACUAACGGAGGAUCAGAAGGUAUAAAGUGUAUUCAUGGACUUAAAUGUAUUUUAACAGUCUGUAUUAUAAUUAUACACGCCAAAGCGUUCACUGAUAUAUCUUCUGGUAAACCUAAAAUAGUGUUAUAG